AUGGAGUCGGAGGACCCCGAAGAGCGUGCCAACAGGAUCAGGUCCUUCUACAAGGAGUACUUCGAUCCUGACAACCCCCACGCCGCCCAGCAGCCCCCGCCGCCCAUGCCUCGCGGCCCUCCCCGGGGCCCUCAGGGUGGGCCUCAGUACUACGAGGACUACGACCCGGCCUACUCUGGUGGUCCUCCCGGCGGCGACGCCUACUUUGACCCCGAGACCAACUCGUUCGUCAUGCCCUACGCCCAGCCCGUCACUCGUCGUGCCAUGACGCCGCCGCCCAACGGUUCCCGCUUCCGCGGCCCGCCCCUCCCCGGGCCAUGCACGGAUCCAUGGGCGGCAGCCGCAUGGCCAGCCCCGGUCCCGGUGGAAGGCGACCCCCUCCCCGUCCGCCUCGGUCCUUCUCGGCGAGGUUCCGACAUGUCCAGCCAGUACGCUCCCCGUCCUGGCUCGUCCGUGUCCAACAUGACGGCCGGAGGUCGGCCCAAGCCCAAGGGACCGCCCCCUGCCGACCUGACCACCCUGCCCAACCCCUCGAAGCUCAAGGACGACUCCUUCUCCAUCCUGAACCCCCUCGACUUCGCUCCUCCCGAGACCUUUGCUGACCGGGCCCGCGGUCGCUCCCAGAGCCCGUCCGGAGAGAGACGCCCGUACGCCCCCAAGGUCCCGGUCCACUCCCCGUUGGUGAGCAGCUUCGAAGAGAUGCCUGCCAUGCCCAGCCCGCACUUGCUGCGCAAAUCCGGAACCUUUACCGGUCUGGACUUUGCCCCUCCCCGCAAGUUCAAGGACGCGGACACAAUGAGCGACGCCGGCAGCAUCCGCAGCAACCGCAGCGGCAUCUCGGCCGUUCAGAACGCCGCCCUCCGCAGCGGCGCCGGCCGCGUCAGCCGCCUGCCCGGCGACACCGUCUUCACGACAAACGCGCUCCAGGAUCAGCUCAAGCCGCAGUGGGGCAUGCGGCCGUGA